AUUGACACUAAAACUCUCAUUGAUUUGGUUACGUUCCAUAAAGAUUAAAGUCAUGUCUAACAUCAUGUCUGUAAGAGAAGCGACGUAAAAUACAGAACAAUGAAACACGUCAUUUAACCAACUUCAAUUUCACUCUCAAUUCCUCGUAAAACGUCCAGUUUCUCUUUAAUACAAACGAAUUAAUUCAUCUCAUUUACAUUUAUGAUUUAAAUUAAACUGUUUUAUUUUGAAAGCGGUUUCCGGUUUUCGCAACGAUUGACGUAAAUUCACAAUUUUUUUCUGGAAUUAAUAAUUUCGCAACGUUGUAAAAGAGGACGAAUUUUCGCCGAUUCAUAAUAAAAUUUAUAGGGAAAGAUAAGGCAGGUGUUGACAGUGUCAUAUUGCACGCGGUUUAAACAAUAGCUAUAUACUUGGAAUUGCUUUAGUUUUCCGGGAAGGCGAGUUAUCAGAAAGAUUGAAGCGAAAAUGAUAAUGACUUAUAACGAAAGAGAAUUCUUGGGAAAGCAAUAAUAGAAGACCAGUUUUAGUAAGUCACAGUUUGAGAAUACGGUCAAGAACACAGCAGAAGAAAUGGUUUGUCAAGAUAUUUCACUGUCAGCAGAUUUACAUUGCAAUACGAUAAGAGAAAAUACAGGUAAUGAAAAGGAUGUUAAAUUAUUCUAUUCUAGUAUAAUAAGUAUAUAGACUUGGGAUAGCCAAUAGGUUAAAUACGUUAUACAGUUCGAGUCAGUAAACUAAAUAAUAUAGUGAAGGAUUGUUUCUCAUGUAGAAAAAUGUCUAGUCUAGAGAAGUGUAUUCAUUGGCAUUGUAUAAUAAGAGUAUUAAAACUAUGUAGAACCACAGUCCAGCUUGGGUAUAUGAGAUCUUUCUCUGGUUAAUAUCACCAAAAGCUCUCUUUGUCAUCUUAUACUAUACUUAUUUUAGCUGACAGUCGCAUCCAAUGAUAUAUCGAGUUAAACGGGGGACUAUAGGAGUGACAUUAGCGUGCGUAUAGCAGUCGAUGUAUUUUUUAAGGUAUUGAAUCUGUCGUCAUAGGAAGAGGACAAAUUGGAGUAAUUUUCCCGCUGAAGGUCUCAAAGAAGCCUUUCAUACGCUUGACCCAUUAAAACGUUGCUUUGUUUAGAAAUAUUAAAAUUACCCUCAAUUUUAGUUAAUUCCGCAACUGUCUACAAGACAAAAUAUGAAAAAGUAUUUUUAUCAACUGGUGUGGGUGUUAGGUUACGUGGGUAUUAAUGUUGAAUAUCUUAUCGUCCUCUCUGUAUUCCAUCUUUACGACUUGAUUUGCAAUGAUAGUUGCACAGGAAACAGUCAUGUCAUAAGACACGAGUGUUAGAAUUCCAGAAAAUUCCCGCUAAUCAUGCAAUAUCGCACGCAGACCCUCGCGCUAAUAGUUUUCUGGGAAAACCCCCAACGACAGCUGGCGUGUGAAGGUCAUACAACCAUAUUAAUACCGAUGUUCUGUGAAUGUCAUUUUCAAUAUAUUCUUAUGUGUUGUGCUCUAUGGCGUAAUGUUCAAUAGUACACAAUAAUUGAAAAUAUAUUUAAUUAUUUUUAUUAUAAAAGAAGGGAAGUUCUAAUGACUGCAUGACGUAUUUAUUUUUUGUUUCGAUUUCGUUUCUAUAAACAUAACCUUGGCGUUUCAGGGCCAGGAGUGAAAAACAAGCCCUCAUUCUUGGAAUUAACACAAUUAUCAGGACAUCGUCAGUCUUAUUUCACCAGUAUAUACAGGAAGAUUAAAUAAAAACGUUCAAAUGAAUCUAUUAUUUGACCAGUAUAUACAGGAAGAUUAAAUAAAAACGUUCAAAUAAAUCUAUUUCCGCUAUCACUAUAUAUAUCUAUGACCGGAAGAACUAAACGAACCAAACUUUGGUUUUAAAAACUAAAAUGCGGGAAUAUUUACAUCUGAAGCUAACAGUGACCAAAGACUCUUUAAUAUCCUGAAGCUUAAGUAUAUAACAUUUGAAUGCGUGAUCGCUACAGAGUUCCCAUGACAACCACGGGUGAUUACCGGGAAGUCGUUCACUUUAUCAUGUCUCAGCUGUUUGGAAAAGUACAGCACAUUUCGCGGAACCAGGGUCAUACUUAUAUAUCAAUGUUGUUGUCAAUGCCAAUAGAGAACGUAGUACCAUCAGCAGCAGCACUAGCAUGGUAUACAGUAGAAACCAACGUUUGUGUGGCGAACCACCACAAAUACAGGAACAUUUAGCAUGGUUUUCAGAGCAAGAGCAAGGCAAGUCUAAAUGAUUUGGGUCUCAUACAAUCCAAAUGAAUACGUAAAUAGUUUACCACAAUAUUAGAAUGUGUUUCCAAGACUGAUUGAAGUGUUAUGGUGUUAAACACACGAUGUUUGGAAAUGUCCGAGCAGUGAAGGUAGUGAGGUUUGAGGGUCUGGAAGUUAGAUGUAUGUAAGGAACGCUAGGAUCAGUAUAGUUACAGCUGAAGAGAGAACUUUCUUUUUGUCAACCAUUUUUACCAAGAAAACUUGUCAUUAUUAUUAAUAAUGGCUGGUACGUAGUAAAUAAAGCUAAAAUGUUAUGGCUAAUAUAUAGUUCUAUUAUUUUUUCAGAUCGCAAAAGAAAAGAUUCAAAAGGCGUGUAUUACUCCAGACUCCCGAGUCAUGAAUGUAUCAGUACUCUGUUUCAAGUAUCAAUGGACCGUCUUGAGAACACUGGUUGGUACUGGGGACGAAUUAGCAAAACAGAGGCAACUUCAGCGUUAGAACAAGCUGACGUAGGAACGUUCUUAUUACGCGAUAGCUCCGACUCACGUUAUUAUUUCUCACUUUCCGUCAGACUACAGACAAAUAUUCUCAACAUUAGAGUGUUAUUUUCAUAUGGAAAGUUCAUGUUCGACUGUUUUGAAACGAGCCUCAGUGAGAUUCCAAAGUUCGAUUGUGUUGUGAAGUUAAUAUGUUAUUACGCGGCUGUGAGUCAGGAUAAACAAGAUAAACGCAAAGUAUUGGCAAGAUCAGAAGUGGGAGACGCUGAAAUAAGACUUGAGAAACCACUUUUUAACAAAGUUCCAACAUUACAACAUCUAUGUCGUCGUGCAGUGAACAGAACGUUGACUAAAGACGAACAAUCGCAACUACCUUUGCCAAACACAGUGGAGAAAUUCAUGAGGAAAUAUCCAUACUCAAUAUAAUACCCGAUGAAAUAACUAGAAUUGCUUUGUUAGGUGGAAACACCUGAGCUUGCUUACCUCACAGACGAUUUCGCUUCGUACAAUAGAUAUGGUAAUUAGAUUUCGUUAAUUAGUAAUUAGAACUAGAUAAGUAAUUAGGAUAAUAUAUCGUCGUUCAAUUGGGCAAAGUGAACUGAACGAACAUUCUAGAGAUGAAUUAUAUGAUCAUAUAAAUAAAAUAUCUUAUUGUAUAUAUGCAUAAAUUAUUUAUUUACGUAAAUAAAUUAAUAACUGUACAAUGAAAUUUGUACUGUGUCAUUAAAAACAUUGUUGAACUGUUUUACUGGUUUGCCUGCGUGUUUGUGACGUCAUAAACAUAAUCAUUGUAGUUUCAUCAUUAACAUCACAUUUAAAAUAUUUUAUUAAAAAUUCGUUCAGCUUGCUGAAACACGAAGAGGUCUUUUUGCUACAUUUCAUAUUCCAAAUUAUUCAAAACAAAAUUGCAUAUUUUACGCAAGUACAUAUAACGUCGUCUCAUUAAUCUUCGUAUUAAAGUCAUUUUAUGUAUAAUGUAUGAAUAAAUAUAUUUCUUUAUUAAAUUUAUGAUGUUUUACUGUCUUCCUGCAAGUCAUUCCCUUCACUUGCUUGUAGAAACAAGCUCGGUUCAGACAUGGAAUUAUUUCUAUUCAAAUCCGAAACUCUCCAUUCUACAAUAUGAAAUUCUGAGUUCCCAAAACGCCGCUGUCCUCUGGGAGUUGCGGGUGCAGAUGGAUACUUCCUAUCAGACAAUGCGGCCCCAGAAUGUUCUGAAGACAUGCCGUCACUCCACGAAGAUGUGUCGAGAACGUCCGACGCAAGUUCAAUGACGUCAUCACUUUCUGGAGUUUUCCGCUGGUCAGAGAUAUCAAGGACGCUAGCAAGAGCACGAGCUUGAUCUCCAGAGGUCUGGGACGGGUGUAAACAAGACUCUGGAGCAGCCAUACGAUGAUCCUUCAUGGCAGUGUCUGCUGACACCUCGAUGUUUGCAGACUCAUCUAUUGUUUUCUCAUGUGAAAGUGAUUUAUCCAAACUAAUAUCAGAAACAGCAACCGCUCCCCCCGGAUGGCUUCUGAAACCUUGUGGACUAGCAAUACUUGGUUGCGAGAAAGACGGGGGAGUGAUAGGAAAGAAGUGUGGAGCUGGACUAGCCAUGAUUGGUACUUCCAAAAGUUGCGCAAUACGUUGAAGUUUAAUAUGACGUAAUGAAGUGCGCCUGCGAUGCAGACGUUGUUUAGCAGACAUACAGCGGACGUAAUCAUCAAACAUAAACUUGGCAGUCAUCAAGGGUCUGCGUGGGCCACGCGUGGACCUCGCGAAAGGUUGAUGGAUCGUUAUAAAUAAUGAACGACUGUCGUAUUUGUCGGGAGAUAUUUCGACGUCCUAA